AUGAGUCCUGUUAAUGUUCGUACGGUUAAUGGUGCCAAGCAUAAUGGUCAUUUACCUCUUCAUUAUCAACGAAUUCAAAAUAGAGCUGCAGCAGUACUUGAUGCAUGGGAUGAGUUUGGUGAAUCAGUAUCAAUUGAUUUAAUUGCACAUAUGCACCGUAUUCAUGUUGAUCAAAUUAAAAAAGAUUUAUACGGUGAUCGCAUAGAUAUUAAAAAAAGAUUUGGUUCCAAAUCAUCGGUAAAACUUGAACGUGUACUUGAACGUUGUAUAAAGGAAAUUGAAGAAGGUGUUGAUUCUGCAUUGGUGGCUGUUGCUCAUAAUAUUCCAUUUAUGCUUAUACGUGAUAUUCAAAAUAGUCAAAAUCUAAAGCAAGUGGCAACUGUUUUUUUACGCAAUAUCACGGCAUCGAAUGAUAGUGAACCAAAAAAAGAUAAAACGAAUCCUGAUUUCACCACCAAUGCAGUUCAUCCAACAAAAAGAAGUUUUACUCGACCAACAUUUUCGUCAAUUGAAAACCAAACAAGUGCUACACGUUUAAUCCCAACUGAAUCUCAUGCUCAUGUUGCACCUUCUGAUUUUACUGAAGAAAGUGUUUUAUUUAAUAAACAAAGAAAUAUUUCAUCAAAAUCCACCAUCAUUCAUUCACCAUCUUUAGACAAAAGUUAUGCAUCUGAUGCUAAUGGUUGCUGCAACAUCGAAACACAAGAGAUUCAAGGAACACCAGUGAAACGUUUAAAGAAAAUUUUUCAUGAUACUGUUCCAUUAACAUCAUCUCAACUGAAAAUGGAAUGGUCAAUUACACGUGUUCAUGGUCUGGGGCUCACCAAUACUGCUCCAUUCGUUCAAUGGUUGUUAAAUGAUGAUUUUCAUAACAUAUGUACAUUAACAACAAAUGAUGAAUUUUGUUCUUGUUGUAUUCUUCGAUCUAUUAUCAAAAGCAUUCAUCAAAGUUUGCACAAUACGUGCGAUUUAUUCUCUGAAUUAUCUCAAGCAUCAGGUGUCUCUUUGGCUCGACAAAUGACAAAGUUAUCUUCGAACUUCAUACCUGGUCGUCAAGAAGAUCCAUCAGAACUUUUAAUUGUUCUUUUUGAUCAUUUGAUACAAUGUCUUUCACCUAUUAAUUCAUCAUCAUAUGUCACAUAUUUAUCUAAUCCAAUUCAUAUUAUUUUUGGUAUUAACAUAAAAUCAUCAACAAAAUGUACAGUGUGUCUAAAUGAAACUAAUAAACAAAAUUAUGAAAGUGUUUGGUCAAUUCCAAUAAUUUCUUAUUUUAAUCUUAAACAAGCUCUUGAUGCAUUUUGUUCAGUAGAAGAAUUGGCCGGUGAUGAUAUGUUUUUUUGUUCGAAGUGUCAAACUAAAGUAUUAGCAUUACGAUCAACAAAACUUAUUGAUGCAUCACCAGUAAUUUUUAUCCACCUCAAACGUUUUGUUUAUGAUAAACAAGCUAAAAUCAUUCGUAAAAUAAAGCAAUUUAUUUCAUAUCCAGAGUUACUGGAUUUCUCAUCAUUUAUUACUCCAGAAGUUCUGCAAUCAAAUAAAGAAAAUCAUACAUUUCAUCAAUACAUCUAUCAAUUGAAUGCUGUUGUGGUACAUAUUGGUGAAACUGUGAAUAGUGGUCAUAUUUUUUCAUACGUGCGAUCACCUGACAAUUUAUGGUACAAAGCUGAUGAUGCAUCAAUCACAAAAACCAAUUUAGAUAAAGUACUUGCUGAUAAUGAUUCUUACAUUUUGUGUUACAGCAAAUUAGCUGAAGGCAACAUAAUUGUACCUGAAACAGAAGUUUAUGCAAAUUGUAAAGAACCAUCACGUUUAUUAUUUUCAUCUACUCCAAUACGUCCUUAUGAGAAAACAUAUACAACCAUUGAAGAUCAUACAACGAUUUGUUCAAAUUUUUCCUUAAAUAUUUCUGGCUUUGACGAUCAAUCGCCAAAAAGAAACGUUAGAGCAGGCAGUUCUAUUUUGAAUACAAGUUCAUUAAAUUUGCAUGAAAGUACUUCUCGUAGUCAUUCAUCUUUAAAGGAAAAUCUCUCCGUAUUAAAAACUCCAUUAUUUCCAAAAAAUAUUGCAGAACCAAUUGAGUGUCAAACUGAAAAUAGUAUUGAUAUUGUAGAUAAUUUGAUUGUAUCCGGUACACCAAGUUCACUUUUAAAUUUUCAAUCACAGCAUACUCCAUUACCAUCAAAGAGACGUGUUUUAUUUAGUAAUGAUUCUACUCAAUUAUCUACCAACUCAACACAGUCUCAACCGUGUUCAAAUUCAAACAUCGCUGUUGGUUCACAACUAAGCAUGAAUGUUACAGAUUCUCAACAUGACAAAAAUUUUAACGUACAGUUAUCACCAUCAUAUCAAUUCAAAUUACAAUCAAUUGACUUGAUGAAACUAAAAUCAAUUCGAGCAACAAAAAUUAAUAAGAAAACUGCUCGUGUAUUUGAAGCAAUGGGUUUACCCACUGAAAUUGAUGAUAAAUCACAAAAAAAAAUAUUUUUGUCAAAACAAGCUAAAGCAAUACGUGGUAUGAUGGACAAGGUUACUGAAACACCAGGUAAUACGAAUAGAUUAAAUUGUAGUUUUGGUGUACGAACUAGUAAUCAUAAUCAAUUAUUACGAUGUAUUCUCUAUUGUGCUGGUCGUCCUACUUGUCCAUUCGCAUGCUCUUUAAUUGUUAUAAACAAUGGUGAUAGUCAUAUUAUUGUUACAAAUAGAACAAUUAUGCAUAUUUGUGGAAAAAAAAUUUGUCGUCCGAUCAGAGAACCGAUUCGUUCUUUGAUAAAAAAAAAAUUUGCGCAUGGUGCGACUGUUUAUCGUGUACAUCAAGAACGGUUGCAAAAGAGAACUCGUGAAGAACAAAAAGCGUAUAAUUAUGAUAUUACUGGUAAAACUCAAGAUAUUUUAAGAAAAAUAAAGUCGGAACAUGUUAAUGAAUCCUUAUUAUCAUUGGAUAUUGAUCAAUCAAUACUUAAAUUAAAUGAAAAGUUUCAUAAGGAGAUUAACCCUGAUGGUAAAAUAAAAGGUGCAAUUCAGCAGAUCAGUAAAUAUCCAUGUCAAAUAGUCGUUUACACAGAAUCUUCAAUUCGUCUUUUUGAUACUUUAUUAAAGCAUAAAAAUGUUGUUUUGUCUUGGGACGCUACUGGCAGUGUUAUUCAAGAAAAAAAAAUGCACCUCGUUUAUUGUAUUAUGAACUUAGCAUGA